AGAUUACCUUCUUCGGCAUGGAUGGCCUGAUAGGGAUGAGGAUGAGGAAUCUGCGGCGUCAUUCGGAAUGUUUUAGGACCUUACUGUGGUAGAUGCUUUGUCUCCGGAUGAAGAGAGUAUGUACUAUGUAGGUCGUAUUUACUACCUAGCGGGUACAGAUCUAGCAUCCCGAUUCAACCUUCAGAUGUAGUCCUAGUGGCGUUUCUGUACAACUCCGGAGUCUUUUUUUUUUUUUUAGUACUUACGAUAGGCACUCCACCCUUGGCAUCGAUCACUUCCAAAGGGGAAAUUUAAAGAUGCAGGAAUCCAAGGUUAUCCCCCAAAAGAACAUCCCAAAUAUCACACUCGAGGAUCCUGAAGCCGCUGAGAGCAAAGGGCGCUGCAGGUGUCUGGCAAGUGACGAUGAUUCGUUCUACGUGCUGGUAUAGUGCAUGGACUCGAAUUCCCGCCGGGGCGCUAUCAGCUGCACGUUGGAUCCCCACUACCCAAUCAGCCCGUGAGACCUUGCGACUUGAGUCGGUCAUCCCGUCCAGUUCGGAAAGGUAUUUGACCCCUCCAUCAUAUCAUGUAUUUGUCGUUAACUGCUCUGUACGGGGAUUAGAUACCAGUAGUACCUCCUACAGGUUGUGUUGUAGUGGCUUUGACCACGGAAUUCUUAAUGAUCAGCUUCUAUUUAAUACUCUGGUCUUAUUCCUGACUCUGCUGCUAAAAGUAUCAAUAUCUGUCAGAAAAGUAAGGACAAGUUUACUUGAAACCACGCCGACAACUUUCAACCCGUUGGACCCCCCUGUGGCGGUUCCAAGGUUCGUAAAGGGAUGUUCAGAUUCUGUUUGUUACCGAGAGACUUGGACCAUGGAUAAGAACCCCGCUAAUACUUUGCUGAGCGUUUUGUUCAAAAAGACAAUCAUGAUAGGGACGGGAAAGAAGAUAAAAAAAAAGGCGAAAGGAAGUUUUAAUUAGAUUUUAUUGAAUAUAUUAUUAUUAUUAUUAUUAUUAUUAUAGUUAACUAGUUAAUAUCAAUCAAGUCAUGAAU